GCCGGCUGACUGACGUGACCGCGGUCGGAUGCGGGUCGCGACAUCGGCAGUUGACAGCGGAACGUGAGGUUGUUGUUGCCGUAGAUUUUUUGUGAAACAGGCACAGAUUGUUUUGUAUUUGUUCCAAAGUAAGAAAUUAUCAUGACAUCAUCUCAAGGAGUUUACAAAUAUCCAGAUGGAGAGGAAUACAAAGGAGAAUGGCUGGAAGGAAAAAGGCAUGGUGUAGGAGAGCUGUAUCUUUCUGAUGGAUCCAAAUACAGUGGUCAGUUUGACAGUGGGCUCUGCUCAGGACAUGGUACACUGCUCUUCGCUGAUGGAUCAAGGUACGAGGGUCAGUUCCAACUGGGCAAGUUUGAUGGUUUAGGUGUGUUCACACGACCGGAUGGCAUGCUGUUUGAAGGAGAGUUUAAGCAAGGAAAAGUGAAUGGAUUAGGGUUGUUGACAUUUGCAGAUGGCACCCAUGGCUUACCAAGGAACGAAGGACUGUUUGAUGGUACCAGGCUCGUCGAGCGACAACGAGCAAAAGACAUUGUAACAAAAGCCAAACAAGCCGCUCAAACAGCAAAGAAUAUACAAGUCAGAGUAUAGAUAGAUACUCCAGGGGGAAAACAUUUGAGUAGAAUCUGUAUCAAUGAAAUGUAUUUAUGCCAUCAUGGACGUGUUAUUUUAGCAAAAGAAUAUAUGUUACCAGGCAUGGCAAAACCCACAAAAAGUCACCCAUAAAUUGAUUUUUUAUUAGAUAUAUUACGAUAUUUUCAUUAGAUAUCCAUUCUGAAAGAGGAGAUUCUCAGCUUUAAAAUGAGAUAUAACUCAUAACUUAUUUCAUGAUCAUAACCCUUGUUAAUAUAAGGAUGAUAAUUCACCAGAAUGCUACAUUUGAGAAAUCUAUUGAUUGCAGGUCCUAUAGAAAUGCGAUCCUAAAGAUUGCAUAGUACUCUAUUUACUGUCUCCUGCACACAUUUUGGGCUUUCAUGUAGCUUCAUGCAUUUGAAAUUUAUAAUAUUAACUGUUACUCAAUGUCGUACGUUGCUGCUAUAAUGAUAUAAGUGACAAGUUGGAAGUUGUUAUCUGGAAUUUAAAAUGUUUUAUAUUGUAUAUAGUUUUUCUCAUAGAAAUGAUGAAAAAAAACCUUAUCCUUAUUUCAAACUUUCAAGACACUUUUUAUGGUCAUUGAUAUCCAAUAUAUUAUAUGAUGAAUAUUUCAUAAUAAUUUAUAAUGACAACUAAUCUUUCUACUUGUUAGUAAUGUACCAUUAACAUUGGAAGUUGUAUUCGUUAAUACUAUUAAAGCUCACAGACAUUCAUUCUUUUUAUUCUGUUUUCUAAACUAACAUUCCAAUUUUUGACAAAUGUAAAGCUAUGAAUGCCUACAUGUGAAUCCCCUUGUGUGUUUUUUGUACAUAGUGAUAUAAUCUUGCAAGGUGUUAAAGUAAACUUUCAUAAGUCAAAUAUUUGCUCAACAUAUUUGUCGAACAGAUUUUUUUAGGCAAAGUUAGCUGUAUUCCUCUAUUCAGAUGCACCUGAAGAGGGGUUCACUCUAUUGGUUUCCAGCCGCCGAGACUGAGAAUGUCAUGAUUUACUUGUCCAAUCGAUACAGAAGCAAUGUCAAUAUUCAAUAUAUUUUUAUACACUGUAGGAAAUCAAAAUCAUUGUCCUUCUCUCUUUCCCUCUGUCUGUCUCUCUUUCUCUUUCCAUUUCUCAUUAGGCAAAUACUGUAUAUAGAUUACUUUUCUUUAAAUUAUAUGCACUUAUGUAGGGAUGAACAUUAGAUCUGAUUAAUGUUUUCAUAAUUUAUUAAGGAAAUCUGCUUUCACUGUACACUUGCAUAUUUGUAAAAUUCCCUUACUUCCUUCAGCAGAUUCCCCCCCCCAAAAAAAAAAAAACAUGUGACACCCUUUUAUAAAGAACCAAACUUAAUUUGAAUACAAAGCAGGCUGGGCUGGCACCUUGUGAUGUAUAAAAGUUAUAUUGCAUGCAUGAUAUCAAUUAUUUCCUGAUUUUACUCAUUUUUUCCUUCUGAAAAAGAUAUCAAAUUACCGUUUAAGCAAAAAAAAAUUUUAUGGCAAGUCAUGAAAUUGGAUUAAAUGUUCAUGAAUUAUAUAGAAAUAUUCAAUUAAUGGGCUGGCCCAAAUUAGAUUAUUAAUUAUUCUUAUCAAUACAAGGUGAUCACUUCUAGUUAAUGAAGAUCUCAUUUUGAGUUAUAUAUAUGCUAGAUUUUUUUUAUAUAUAAUAUACAUAUAGAUGAAGGGUGCUAUGUUGAUAAUACAGUAUAGUUAGUACAUGCAAUGAAGUGGCGGAUUCAAGAUUAUCAAAAUAGAGGGGUGUGCUAUGAUCAAAUUUGAAAA